AUGUGGGAUUCCACGGACAACGAUGAUCUUCAGCCCUUGGGCGAAGACACUGCCGCCCAGUCCGAGUCCUCUGACAACACCGACUCCAUGGCGAAUUCGGCGACUGCCGAGGAACCCGUCCCAAAUCCAGGAGUCGAGAAUUUGAUGGAAAUGGACCAAGCAGCCAGGGACAAGAAGAUUCUCCCGAAGAGGUCUAUUCUCCGACCGGCGAAUUGGGCUAGGGGUGACGAGAACCAUGCGUGUCCCGAGAAGCUUCCCGAAGCAAGAGACAGUCCUGGAGUCGACCAGAUCUCAGGCGUCUACCAAACACUUGCGGAGCCUCGGAAUGACAAGAAUGCGGACUCCCCUGAGCCCUGGCCUGCAUCCGAGAACCCGAGCGACCCCUCGAGGUCCAUUGCCACAAGAUUGACAGCAUUACCUAGUAUUCAGCUGGGAACAGUUUCGGCACUGGUGGCACCAGCUUCCGCUGGGCUUUCACAAAGUAGGCAUCUGUCACACUGCCUUCUUCGACGGAACCGCGAUGCCCAUGGAGAGUCAUCCAUGAUUGUACCGAACUUGAAGCACCUUCCAGCCCCGAGUGAUCUGACGAAUGAAGCCACACGUCUUCACUGGCACAAGACUGUUGCUGGGUUCAUUUACAAACCGGGACCUGACUAUCAGAAACAAAAGAUUGAUGCGACUGUCGGGUAUGCGUAUGUCAGGUUCUAUCGACCCACCAAUGAUGCAGACACAUGUGUGGGCGAGUUGCUCGUCUUCGUAGAGGAAGAUUACAAGAAGGAUCACAUUGGCCGAGCCCUGGUUGGCAUGACCCUCUCCUGCCUUGACUUCAGCUACAAAAGGAGCGAGUACUAUGAGUUUGUGCAAAGUGAGACCGACGACGUCGAAUAUGGCCCAGGCUAUGGGCGCAACCUUACCAUACUCGUUUGUGCUCCCCCAGCGGAGGAUCAGGAGUCCUGGAUUAAGGAGUGGUUGGCGAGGAGCGGAACAAGGGUGCGCCCAACCUUGGAAGCAAACGAGGGGCGCAAGUCAUAG